UUUAUCCAUUCCUUUAAAUAGGACCUGCUUAAAGCUUGUCUAGGACUGCAGCCCCAAAAGCUGGAACUGCAUCAUCCUUGCAGCAAAAAGGAACUAGAACUGGAAAGAACAGUCAUGGCAGAGAGAAAGAGGAGGAGAAAGAACCAGCACAAAGAACAGAAAGUGACAAAAAGUUGCGCUUUUCUCAGGUAUGUUCUUGCCGCUGCCUGGGCUCGAACUGGCGACCUUGUGGCUGCAGUACCGGCGCUGACCCGCUGCGCCACUCAGGCAUCUCUCGUCCUCCUGCUGCUGCUGAUGCUGCAGCUCCUCCUCGCGGGCGCCGCUCAGCCAAUGGGGGCGAGGCUGGAGGGCGGUGGCUCCGGCGAAAGGGGCAGCAGCAGCAGCAGCAGAGGCAGCAGAGCAGAGCAUCCUCCUCCUCCUGGCCGCUGCUCGCAAUGGACUGAGUCCCGGCCGGGGGCCAUGGAGCUGGAGGCCUCGCUGGAGCAGUCGGUGCAGACGCGGAUCUUCAAGAUCAUCGUCAUCGGCGACUCCAACGUGGGCAAGACCUGCCUGACGCUCCGCUUCUGCGGGGGAGCCUUCCCGGCCAGCACCGAGGCCACCAUCGGAGUGGACUUCAGGGAGAAGGCGGUCGAGAUCGAAGGCGAGCACAUCAAGGUGCAGGUCUGGGACACAGCAGGCCAGGAGCGGUUCCGGAAGAGCAUGGUGGAGCACUACUACCGCAAUGUACAUGCAGUAGUCUUCGUCUAUGAUGUCACCAAGAUGGCGUCUUUCCUCAACCUCAAAACCUGGAUUGAGGAGUGCAAUGGCCACGCAGUCCCUGCCCUCGUCCCAAAGGUGCUUGUGGGAAACAAGUGUGACUUACGGGACCAGAUUCAAGUGCCAUCUGGCAUGGCCCUGAAGUUUGCUGAUGCUCACAACAUGCUUUUAUUUGAAACCUCUGCCAAGGACCCCAAAGAGAGUCAGAACGUGGAAUCUAUUUUCAUGUGUCUAGCUUGUCGGCUGAAGGCCCAGAAGUCUCUGCUUUAUCGGGACAUGGAAAGGCAGCAGGGGAGGAGGCAGAAAGCAUUGCUCACGCCUGAGGCUAGUAGCAAAAACACCUGCCCCUGCUGAACUACUACAUUUGCAAUUCCUGCCUGUUUGAGAGGGGUGUGCAGGGGAAGGUGGUGCUGUGCCUCAAAAAACUGAAACAGAGACCUGCUUGUCUCAAUCUAAGUUAAUGUUAAAUUAAUAAUAAAAUUUGUAAGGCUCAUUAUGGGUUUGGGUAUGGAAUUAUCUCCACAUGUCUGCAAUCUGGGGAAAAAGGCCUACCCAUGAACAGUAACUUGGUUUAAUGUUCUAAACUGUUUAGUCCCCCCCCCCCCCACAAUGCUUAACCACAAUGCUGAAUACUUCACAAAGUAAAGCCCACAAAGGAUCCCUGUUGUAACACUGGGCCUUUAAAAAGGGAGUGGGAGCAUUCAGUGCAUUAGUGAAACUGGUGGAUGUUAUUAUCAUAAGAAUAUGAAUUUGCCCCAUAGGAUAAUGUAGAAUAAAAGGAGAAGACCUGAAAUAUUGUUUAUGUUUGAAAAGAUUUGAGAGUGGGGAGACAGAUGGGUUUGAUGAGUCUAGACAAAAAAAUGUGUGUGUGUGUUCACCUCCUUGAAUGCUGGUAGAUAAGUAUCACGUGGGUUUGUUGGUGAGUAGUCCUGAUUUGCCAUAGCACAUAACAGAUAAAUGUAGGCCAGGCUCUACUGUUAGGUCUGGGUUAUUUCAUGGAAUCGUGGAACUGGAAGAAAUUUCAAGGACCUUACAGUCCUCUGCCAGUACAGUGGACUGAAACAUCCUUGAAACCCAACCUUUGCUUUAAAACCUCCAGUGAAUGAGUGUCCAUCUCCAUCCCAGGCACUAGAUUCCAUCUGAUACUACCAUCCCAAACUUGCACUGCCCAUUUUGUGGUGCCUGUGUAGGGGUUAUAUGUUGUACCAUCUUGCACACUCACAUACAUUUUAAUGGGUCAAGUAUCCUCACUUGGCAUGUAUUUAUGUAUGGUGAUGCACACACAGGUAUGUACCGGUAAGUACUGCAAACCAAGGGGCAAAAAGAAUGGUUUAUAACAGAGUUGUGGAAAGCUUAAGAUAGACAAAGUAAUAAUUCACAAUAGUAGUUAAUGGCCAAAACACACUGAAGAAAUAAUCCAGUUUGAGACUGCUUUAACUGCCCUGUCUCAGUGCUAAAGAAUUCUAGGAAUUGUAGUUUUGUGAGACAUUUAACCUUCUCUAUCAGAGAGCUCUAGUGCCACAAUAAAUUGCAAUUCCCAGGAUUCCCUAGCACUUGAACCAGGGCAGUUAAAGCAGUCUCAAACUGGAUUAUUUCUGCAGUGUGCUUUGGACCAGAAAUGUGGAUAUGAUGAAAUGGGCCCUAUUACACAAAAGCUUCUUCUAAUGUGACUUGUUAAGGUUGCACAAGAUGUUUUGCUAUGUUUGCUUUAAGAGGGCAAUAUGGGAAUCCCUCUAUAUAUUGCUUCCUACAAACCAGUGGAGCAUAGUGGGAACUGCUGUAUGAAAUUGGUUCUCACGUUGCUCCAACAAUGUGAUUCUGUCCAUAGAAGAUGCACAGCUAGCAUGCAAAAGAAACACUGGGAAUGGGCUGUUUCUACUAGAGAGCCUCUCGGGACUAGAAUCAAAUACCCUAAUGUUGUUUUUUCCAAAGAGAGAGGUAAAAGCUGAAAUGUAGAGAUGGGAAAACAAAAUCAUUACAGUGUGAGUAUCACUGGCAGAGUGAAGCACCAUAGAGCAGGUUGGGAGGAAAACACCUCAAAUCACAAAGAUGCACUUCAGAGGGGGGGAUUGCUGCCAUUGAAGAGACCUUAGUGACUCAGCUCAACAGACACCAUGUCAUUGCCUUCCAAAAAAAGUAAUCCUCUGUCUCUUUGUGAAGAGCUCUCUGCUUUUCUCGCCUCUGCUGGCUACAGAUGUCAAUGCACCAACAUGGUGCGUGCUUCCAGACAAAUUGCCCUGUCUUGUUGAUAGAAUUUUACACCAGGGUUGAGAUGCCACUGUUGUCCAUUUGUAGUGCUGCUUCUGUGUUUUUCCACUGCUGCUGCUCUCUCUCUUUUUAAAAAAUAUUAAAAUCGGUCAAAGA